AUGUCUCAGGAAAUCUCAGAUAAUGAGCUCGAUGCCUUUGAUGCGGGCAAUGAAAAAGUCUUACUAGAGCAAGCGGGCGACUAUCUUCGUCAAAAGGAUUCUGAGGAUGAGGAUUCUGAGGAGGAGGUGCUUGGACUUCAAAACGAAGUGGCCUCCGAGAGUGAUAAGGAUGAGAGUAGUGACGAAGAGAUGGAUGACGGCGAGAUUCAAUCUGGUGAAGACGACUCCGAUGCUGAAGGUUGGGGAUCAAAAAAGAACUACUAUGGCGGCGAAGAAGAUAGUGAUGAUGAUAGGGAGAUGACUGAGGAGGCUCUUAGACAGCAGAAGAAACACUUGCAAGCGCUUGCGAUGGAUGACUUUGUGGAUGAAGAGAUGAUGGAGGAUUGGACACGUAAGGCAAAGGACCAUGACGCUCAAGAUACUAAAGAAAUUGUUAUUUCAGAUGAGAAAAUAGACUUCGAACAGUUGGACGAUGAGGAGAAGAUGAAGGUAUUGAAUGGAUCUUUUCCGGAAUUGGUGCCCCUUUUGAAAGAGUUUACUAGUCUAACGCCCACGUUAGAAGGAUUUGAGGCAGAGACAAAGACGUCCCCACUGAUGCAAGCAAAGCUCGUGGCCUUGAGAGCGUACUUGGCUUCGAUCUCCUCAUAUUUCGCUUUGCUCAUGGAAAGAUUGAGAGGCAGUGAUAGACACACAAGCAUGAAAGAUGAGCCAGUAAUGGAACUGAUCCUUCAGAGUCGAGAAGUCUGGAGACAGGCCAACGAGUUGUCGGUUGAGGAGAUUGGAGACAUCGCCGAGGAGAGCGGGUCGGGAGCUGAAGAAAGUGAAAUCGAAGAGCAGGAACUCGAUGAACAGGCUGAUCAAGAGAGAAUCCUUACUGACUCUGAGCUGGAAAACGAUCAAGAAGAGCCUCCAAGCGAUAGUGAAACGAAAGGCAUCAAGAGUGCUUCGCAUAUCGACAUCUCCAAGCCAAGAGUCAUCAAAACUGCUCCUCUUACCAACGGCACUGGCGACUAUUCUGAGCAAACUGCCAUUGACGCCGGUGACCUUCUUGACAAGCAGCGUCGUAAAAAGUCCUUACGUUUCUACACAUCCAAAAUCAACAAGGCCUCUCAAAAAGGUAACCCUGAUGAGCAAUUUGCCGGAGAUGCCGACUUGCCAUACAAGGAGAGGCUAUAUGAGAGGCAACAACGACUUAUGGAAGAAGCACGUAAGAGAGGAUUGGGUGGUAAAGACUCCAUGGGUGAUGAUUUGGACGGAAAAGAUCCUGCCAGUGGGGAUGAGCGAGACAUUUACGACACGAAUGAUGUGAACGGGGAAGACUACUACGAGAACAUGAAGAAUGCAAGAGACGCCAAGAAGCAGGCUAGACGCUCUGCUCAUCUUGAAGCUAAAAAAGCUGCCAGGGAGGGCAAAUUGGCUGAUAUGGCUGAAACAGCUGAUGAAAAUGGUAAAAGAGCUCUCAACUUCCAAAUUCUCAAGAAUAAGGGUCUUACGCCGAACAGGAAAAACGACAACAGAAAUGCCAGGGUCAAAAAGAGAAAGAAGUACGAGACAGCCAAGAAGAAGCUCAAGUCUGUCAGACAAGUUUACGAUCAGAACAAUCGUGGACCAUACGAGGGAGAGAAAACAGGUAUCAAAAAGGGCAUGUCACGCUCUGUCAAGUUGGUUUGA